AUGGUAAUUCGCUCGAGGACACGGGUAAUCAGAGCCGUUUUGUGUGAGGCACGGUUCUUAAUGGACAGACACCGGCCGCGCCGGAAUAAAGCCGAGCAGCAAGAUGGCGCACUGAAGGGGGCAUUCGCUGUCUUCCAUAUCAGUAUUCCCGAGAACUACCGAGACAAGCUGGUGGAGACAGAUGAUCGGGGGAAGUCUGAUCGGCGUUGA